GAUCAUCAAAACCUGUAAGAAAAGGCAGCAAACCAUCCACAAACUAACUCCUUUGUUCAAUUAACAGACCUAAACAAACAACAAACUUAGACUCCCAACAUGAUGUCACCAUGUGUUUACAAGUAACAAGAUUGAAAUGGCAGGAUUCACACUAAAUACCUGUGAAUGUGAUAUUUUAUCAAAGGUUAGUUUAUCAGAAUUGGCCUUGCAGGUAAUAUCACCAAUAAACUAUCCAUCCAUAGUUAAUUGUGAAUUUACUGUUCACCUCUAUUAGAGGACAUCUUUCAUCAAAACAAUGCUUUGCAUAUGAAAAUCAUGGAACCACUCUGACUUUACAAACAAAACCUGGCAAAAGUCUGCUUUUGCAUGAUUCACUGCAGACACUUCAGGUCUCACCUUAUAACACCUGACAGCUGGAUUCUGAACUUUAAACUACACAAUGAAGCACUAUGUGAUCAUUAGUCUCCUCUUUGGGUGCAGCCUCAGCUCCUACUCUCAGGUCCCCCUGCGUACGUACACCUACGUUAACAAACAAAUGACCUGGGCUGGUGCUCAGCAGUACUGCAGAGCCAACUAUGACGACCUGGCAACAAUCACAAGUUCAAAGGAAAUGAGCAGUCCUGCAUUUGCCUAUUCACAAGUGUGGAUAGGACUGCAUGACGACCCAAACGCCUGGAUGUAUAACAUGGGUAAUGAGUCCAACUCCUGGAGGUGGUCAGCAACUGGUGAAACAAGCCCAACUGGUUAUAAAAACUGGUCAGCUGGUCAACCCAACAAUAAAGAUGGACAUGAAACCUGCGUGGUAAUGAAUCCUAAUGGACAAUGGGAUGAUGUGAUCUGUGCUCAAUUAAAUCCAUUUGUUUGUUACAAUGUGACAAACCAAAAUCAAACAAUGUACGUGUUCAUCGCAAACAACUUCACAUGGAAUUCUGCUCAAGCAUAUUGCAGACAAUACUACACAGACCUGACUACAAUCAACUACAGUGAUGACAAUGCUGCCGUCUAUUCUGCAAAACCACAAGCUCAACUAGUUUGGAUCGGUUUGUACCGAGUGUCUUACACCUGGUCUGACAACUCUCCUAGCACCUACAGAAGCUGGUAUUACCUCAGCCCAAACAACUACAAAUUUGCAGAGUUCUGUGCGUUAAUGUCUAUAAAUAAUUGGGAUGAUUCCCCUUGUGGCAGUGCUUUCAACUUUGUCUGUGAACGAGUUUCAAAACAGAAAACCAUGAUGAGGAUGAAGAUCAAGACUGAUGCAGACCUUACAAAUUCAGUCAUUAAUGCCCAGAUCCUCCAGCAGCUCGGUGCAAAGCUGAGCAUUCAGGGAUGGACUGGGUUUGAUCUGCACUGGAACAUUAAACCCCAAAAAAUCAAACAAGAAACUGGCAGAACCUCAGCCUGCAAUUUUUCAUAAAUACACACAAAGGCUGCAUUUUACUACUACUACUAGUACAACAAUGUCUACAACAUUGUUUUAUAAUGUUAUAAAACAAUGAAAAACAAAACAUCAUUACAUUUAUCAGUUGCAUUUGUGUGAAAGUGCGGUACGCUUUAGGUCACUCAUCUUAGUUGCUCAUUCUGGAGCCUGUCCCAGCUUACGACUCUGAUGUGCUAAAUGAAACAAGUAGUUCUGAUGUACAGGAAUACAAAGCUUAAUAGAUAAAGCAUUUUCAUAGGAAAAUGCAUGGUGAAUGCUGUCAUGCUGUAUGUACUUUUGAAGAAUUCCUAAAAGUUGCUGAAACAUUGUGAACAUAGCUGGAAG